UCUGUAACCGGCAAGCCGUCGUGUACGUGACAGAGACCGGCACCGCUACCGGUUGCUGCGGAACCGCGCAGAGGCCAUGCGGCUCUCUCGACCUCGCCCUUACCAAUGCGAAUCUCAAAGGAGCGACGAUCCUAUUGGUCAACGGCACCAUCCCCGUCUCCUUCUCCGCACUCUCCGCGCCCCUCGCGCUCGGCGGUUACUCCCUCACCAUAGCCGCAGGCUCGCUCUCCUCCCCCUCCCCCACGCCCCCCGGUAAAAUCACAUCCAAGCCUCUUAUCAACUGCAAGAACGGGCCCUGCCUGAGCGCCGUUUGUGCUACUAACGGGGGUGCUGCUGGAGGUGGUGCUCCUGCUGUGCCGUGCGCGCAGGCGAGUGUGACUAUACAGGGGGUCGCUGUAAUGAGCGGGCUGAACAGGCAAGCCGGAGGGGGUUGCUUGGAAGCGGCGAACCAGAAGGUGACUCUAACGAGCGUCGAUUUCGCGAGCUGCAUCGCGUACCUGAACGGUGGCGCUGUCUCCAUAACGUCAUCCAAGGAUGUGACUAUGGCGGGUGUGACUGUGUUCGACUCAAAGGUCACCCAAGGGGGCAUCGAUGGUGGUGGCGGCGGCAUUGCCAUCUUCUCGUCCAAGGCAACACUCUCGGGUCUGGACAUUCAGUCAUGCCACGCGGACGAGAGCGUGGGGGGCGGAAUCGCCAUCUACUCUACCACCCUCUCCCUCUCCUCCUCCUCCAUCUCCGAGUGCUCCUCUCGCUUCCUGGGCGGCGGUCUCGCCUCCUCCUCCUCCACUCUCACACUCAAAUCCGUCCAAAUCACAAGCACCAAUGGCAGCUCCGGGGGGUGCUUAUCCGACGCCUCCUCUCCCUCUCUUUCUGUCCAGUCCUCCACUUUUUUCGGGUGUUUCGCUGCAUCGGCCCGGGAUUACGCCCCUUAUAGCGACGACCCGUCGUACGGUGGCGGAUUUUUCCUUAACGGAACAGUGUCUACUGUAGUUCUAGACUCCACUAUAGACUCUACCACGUCUGUCUAUGGCGGAGGAGGGAUCUACGCCAUGGGCACGAGCUCGAUCUCGAUCCAACGGUCCACAAUCACCCGCUGCACGAAUUACAUGGAGAGCGGGACGGGGAUUGGUGUGGAUUGCUGGAGCCUGGAAACAACUGGAAGCGUGGAGUUAAUCGAUAGUAAUAUCCUGGAUAAUACAGGGUAUGCCGCGGUUAACCUGGGUGUCGGGGUGUAUUUAUCGGAUGUCAAUGCGGUGGUGCGCGGUUGCAAUAUCUCGGGGAACAACGGGCUGAUGACGGAGGGGCUUAAAGCCCAGGGAGGAGGGAUCAGCACAAACGUGGAUAACAAGCUGGACGUGACGUUUGAGCUCUCCAACUCCACCGUCAGCAACAACUGGGCGUACAUGGGCGGGGGGCUCUACAUCGCAUCACCUGCAGCCACCAUUAGCAAAAUCACCUUUGGCUACAACUAUGCCGCGUACAUGGGCGGGGGGCUCUACAUCGCAUCACCUGCAGCCACCAUUAGCAAAAUCACCUUUGGCUACAACUAUGCCGCGUACAUGGGCGGGGGGCUCUACAUCGCAUCACCUGCAGCCACCAUUAGCAAAAUCACCUUUGGCUACAACUAUGCCGCGUACAUGGGCGGGGGGCUCUACAUCGCAUCACCUGCAGCCACCAUUAGCAAAAUCACCUUUGGCUACAACUAUGCCGCGUACAUGGGCGGGGGGCUCUACAUCGCAUCACCUGCAGCCACCAUUAGCAAAAUCACCUUUGGCUACAACUAUGCCGCGUACAUGGGCGGGGGUCUCUACAUCGCAUCACCUGCAGCCACCAUUAGCAACGUCACCUUUGGCUACAACUAUGCAGUGGCUUCAGGAGGCGGAGGUGAGUCUCUCUGCUCCAGGCUUGAGAACUAG